UCCUCCUCCUCCUCCUCCUCCUUUAUUUAUUUAAUUUAUUUUAUUGCAUUUAUUUAUUUAUAUUCACCGGAAUAAUAAAAAUGAGAAAAUCCGAGCGCUGCUCUUGGCUGCUCUCCACCAACCUGUCAGUGACGCAAGCGGAGACUACUUAAAGGCAGAUUAGAGGCAGCAAGACAUUACAAGCCAACCUUCCUCCCUCCACGCCGCGGGUCCGCCGCGCCGCGCCGCGCCACGAGCCGAGCGGGCCGGGCCGGUGGCGGCCGCCGUGGGGCCCCGAGCCCAGCCCAGCCCAGCUGAGCCCAGCCCAGCCCAGUCCAGCCCGGCCCAGCCGAGCCGGGAGUCCUCGGCAGGGCUGCCGCCUCCAGCCCCCUUCCCGCCACGGGACUGAGGGCGGCAGAGAGGGGUUGCGCUGCUGUUUGUUUUCCUUCCCCCGAAAAAAAAAAAAAAAAGGAAAAGAAAAACAAAAAAGGAAGGGAGGGGGAAAGGAAGAAGAAGUGAAGAGAUCCCCUCCGCUUGCCAAAGUCUUUGUCUCCGGAUGAACAGCGAUGGGGGAAUGGACUAUUCUAGAGAGGCUACUGGAAGCUGCCGUGCAGCAGCAUUCUACUAUGAUAGGGAGGAUCCUGCUGACCGUGGUGGUGAUCUUCAGGAUACUCAUUGUGGCCAUUGUAGGGGAGACGGUGUACGACGACGAGCAAACGAUGUUCGUCUGUAACACGCUGCAGCCAGGCUGCAACCAGGCUUGUUAUGACCAGGCUUUCCCUAUUUCUCAUAUAAGGUACUGGGUGUUCCAGAUCAUCAUGGUGUGCACCCCCAGCCUCUGCUUCAUAACGUACUCUGUUCACCAGUCUGCUAAGCAAAGGGAACGGAGAUAUUCCACUGUCUUCCUCACCUUGGAGAGGGACCAGGAUUCAAUGAAACGUGAGGACAGUAAGAAAAUCAAGAACACGAUUGUCAAUGGGGUGCUGCAGAACACCGAGAACUCCACCAAAGAGGCGGAACCGGACUGCUUAGAAGUGAAGGAAAUCCCCAAUCCUGCUAUCAGAACUACAAAGUCAAAGAUGAGGAGGCAAGAAGGCAUUUCUCGGUUUUAUAUCAUCCAAGUGGUCUUUCGAAAUGCCCUAGAGAUCGGAUUCUUAGUGGGACAGUAUUUUCUGUACGGAUUCAAUGUCCCUUCCAUGUACGAAUGUGACAGAUACCCCUGCAUUAAAGAAGUAGAGUGCUAUGUCUCUAGGCCCACUGAGAAGACCGUAUUCUUGGUAUUCAUGUUUGCUGUCAGUGGGAUUUGUGUGGUGCUCAAUUUGGCAGAACUGAACCACUUGGGCUGGAGAAAAAUCAAAAUGGCAGUGAGAGGAGUACAGGCAAAAAGGAAAUCCAUAUACGAAAUCAGAAAUAAGGACCUGCCAAGAAUGAGCAUGCCUAACUUUGGCAGGACUCAGUCAAGUGACUCAGCUUAUGUGUGAGGCUGUGACAGAAGUGAAACACCGUGCCAGGUGGAACAGACCCAUGCACCAUUAGAGAAAGGUACAUUGCUUAGGCAAGCAUUUUAUCAAACCACCAAGAAAGCCAUUAAGGUAUUGGAUCUGCACUUACUGAACUAGCUGCAAAAUGCAGUGCUAUGUAAAAGACUGAAAAACCAGCUAUAAAACCAUGCUUGAUCUAGCCUUACAGCACAGCUACUAUUAUUCCGACUUUUCUUUCUAAUGAAUGGGUGUUAUCUGUCAGCGGACCGGCUUUUUGGUCGUCAUUAGGAUAAGUUUACAGUUUGGACUGUCUGACUAAUUGUUGUAAACGUGUAGAAUGUUCAUAUUAAAAAUCUGCAAGGAUACGGGGUGGGAUGGGGGUGGGGAAACUGUUGCAAUGUGCAGAUGUAAGCAUGUUUUACAAGGAGGGUAAUUGCACUGUAAGAAACCUGACCACAGCUCAAUCAGGAUAUCUGCUUCACCUAUCUCACAGAUGUCUUAUAUUGUUUUCCUUGUCUAAAUCACAGAGUUUAUUCCUGGUGUGUAUUACUACCUAUUUUCUAGCAUAGUUUGUGCAUCAAUUACUUAUGCUGAACAAUAAAUGCUGAAUAUAAUUUUGCCAUUUUUGUUUGCCUGUCCACACACACACACCAGAGACCUUAAUCACCUUACAUUAGUUGUGAUCCACAAAAUAUAUCAGUACAUUUCAGUUCAUUCCCUAGUAUGUGCAUGAAUAAGAUGGAGUUGGUUCAUGUCAGCCAACUUAUGUAUUUACCUACAAUUACCUAUGAUGACACACAUACCAAAGGAACAGAGUUCAUUGCUUUUAACUGUGAACCUAUCACCUUCUCUCUGCUCUUAUUUAUAUAAGUGCCAUAUUUGAAACACCUAACUCUGUACUUAGUCAAAAGGUUGUCUUGGGAUACCAGCUGGAAUAAAGCGAUUUUAUACUCUCCUUUGUUUAUUUUAUGCUAUUUAUUUAGUCAUUGCAAUGGUGUAAA